AAUGAAUCUUUGGGAACAUAUCCUGCUCUUGUAAUUUAUAAGGGAUUAUAAAUUUUACUGUAAAUUAUAUCUGGUUACAAUACUCCAUUUAUAAGUCAGAAAAUGGAGAGAGAAUUUAGCCAUAUAUUGGGAUUUUAAUGAAAACCAAUUCUAUAAUUCAGAAUACUAAAUAUUUUUAUUAUAGUCAUAAUUGGGGUGUGAGUUCAGACUUAUAUAAAAAGUAUCCUUCUUUAGAUGA